CGCUCUGCAAAGAAAGGACUUUGGUUCCAAUUUGACGUUGGAAACUUAUAGGCAGAGUCUUUGAAGAUGUCUGCCUCCCUUGAAGCCCCCAAGCAAUUUUCUCAGCCGUCCCGUAAGGGCAAGAAGGCGUGGAGAAAAAAUGUUGACAUUACGGAGGUCCAGGAAGGCCUUCAAUCGCUGAAAGAUGAAGAAAUCAAAGGUGGUCUGUUGACUGAAAAACCGUCCGAUGAAUUGUUCGUUAUCGAUUCUAAGGGUUCAUCGGAUGUUCGCAAGGCAAUUGAGAAGAAGCACAAGCCUCUGAAGGCGGAUGAAAUCCUGGCGCAGCGCUCUGCCAUCCCGGGAGUCGACACUCACAAGCGGCCGAACUCUAUGGUUACAGACGGCGUCAUCGAACCGAAAUCGAAGAAACAAAAGAGCGACUGGGUCACCCGCAAGGACUGGUUACGCUUGAAGCAGGUCGCCAAGGAUGCGACUCCUGCCCAGAAGAAUGAGGGAGAUGCUCUGUACGAUCCCUGGGCAGAUGAGGCCGACCCAACACCUGUUCAAGACCCCAAGUUCGAUUACCUCGAGAAGCCGAAGCCGAAGGUUGCGCCUCCGACUAUCAAGCAAGCGCCUAUUUCGUUAGCUGCAAAUGGAAAGCCAGUUCCUGCUGUCCGCGCGCCUGGCGCUGGUGUCAGUUAUAACCCCUCGUUCGAGGAGUGGGAUCAACUCCUGCAAAAGGAAGGAGAGAAGGAAGUCGAAGCAGAGAAGAAACGCCUGGAGGAAGAGCGCAAAGAGCAGGAGAAACAGCAUAUAAUUGAGGAAAGCAGGAACGACGAUGGACAGGUGAAAUCCGACGACGAGAGUGCGUGGGAGGGAUUCGAAAGCGAGUAUGAAAAACCGGAAUGGUUGAACAAGAAGCGCCCUGAGAGAAAGUCCAAGACGCAAAGAAACAAGAUCAACAGACGGAAAGAAGCCGAGAAGAAAGCUAAGUGGGAGGCGCGGAUGAAGGAGAAAGAAGAACAGGCUGCACAAGCGAAGGCGGUUGCCAACCAAAUCAUGGAGCAAGAGGGUCAGCAGCAGGAUUCAGACGCUGAUUCUUCCGAGGAAGGAGACGAUACCGUCUUGCGACGGAGGCCUUUGGGGAAGACACCUGCCCCUGAGAAACCUCUUGAGGUGGUUCUUCCAGACGAACUCCAGGAUUCGCUGCGCAAGCUCAAACCCGAAGGCAACCUGUUGGACGACCGGUUCAGGACAUUGAUCAUUCAAGGAAAGUUGGAGUCUCGCAAGCCCGUCAGCCAGCCCAAGAAGGCCAAGCGAAAGGUGACGGAGAAAUGGGGUUACAAGGACUUCAAGAAACUCCAGGGGACGUUGCAAAAAAAAGAUAACGUUUCCGCCUCCGCUCCGAAACGCAAACCCUCCGAACGCGAGUCCGAAAAUGGUGCUGUGAAGAAGAGGAAGAGGGAAGGUAAACCGGAAACAAAGAAAUCAGAUCGUCCUACUCAUUCGACAAAAAAGAAGAGAAUGUCUGAAGGAGGUGAAACUCGUGGAGCUUCAGAUUCGGCUGCGAAGCCGAAGUCGCGGAGGAAUUCUACAGCAGCAGGAACGGCGUCGGAAACGGAAGACUUGCCAAAGGCCAAGAUCAAUGAAGGCCGCUCGCCGAGCACUGAACUAGGCAACUAUGUGGCCAUCGACUGCGAAAUGGUGGGCGUUGGCCCCAACCCCGAUCACGAUUCCGCUCUCGCUCGUGUCAGUAUUGUCAACUUCCACGGCGAACAAGUUUACGACUCAUUUGUGAGACCCAAAGAGAUGGUGACCGAUUGGCGGACAUACGUUAGCGGGAUAUUGCCCAAGCACAUGGUAGAGGCACGGUCAUUCGAACAAGCCCAGAAGGACGUCUCAGAUAUUCUCGAAGGACGGGUAUUGGUGGGACAUGCGGUUGGUAACGACUUGGAUGCGCUGCUACUCGGCCAUCCCAAGCGCGACAUCAGAGAUACAAGCAAGUACCCUCCGUACCGCAAGAUCGCGGGCGGUGGCUCUCCUCGAUUGAAGGUGCUAGCUUCGGAAUAUCUUGGGUUGAAUAUUCAAACGGGAUCGCAUUCGAGUGUGGAGGAUGCACGAGCUACGAUGAUGCUGUAUCGGCGGGAGAAGAAGGGGUUUGAGGCAGAGCAUUUGAAGAAAUGGCCAGUUCGCGUGGUCGUAGAGAAGCAGGAGACUGGGGAGGGGGAGGACCAGAAGAAGAAGAAAAAGAAGAAGAAGAAGACCCGUAAGAGGUGA